ACAAAAAAUAAACGGUGCUUUGCAACUAACAACACCCUUAAAUCGCGUUUAGUUGUGGGAUAUAUCUACACAGCGUAAGUGCUACCCCUCUUAUCUGAAGUGGUACGUCCGAGAAACUGAGAGCAUUUUGGCUCUAACUGAGCUGCCGUUACAUUCAAAGUCUGGCGACGGUUAGAUCCGAAAUGGCGGGCAGAAGGCGGCAGUUUCAGUGAGGCGUUGCAGACGCUGGCUAUAAUGUGGUGCUCCGCUUGCUGGUGAUAGUGAAUACUACCAGUGUCCUAACGGGAUGAACGGACAGGCUGUGGAAAUAAUAGACCACCUAAAGACGGGGCUGGCGUCGAGUCGAGCCGUGGACAUCUUUUUAAAAAAACGAGCAGCUUUCUGGUGGGUACCUGAUGUAGGUAUGAAAAACGGCUGUGGUGGUCGAUGACGCGUGAUCCAGCUACAAGGCGUCCAGAUUAAGGUUAAAUCCGAUGGCGAGCGAAUGCACCCAAGAAACGGUUUUGCGUUUUCUAAGCGAGAGAGGAGGGAGAGUGAAAAACGCCGAUCUGAUAGAGCAUUUUCGCUCAGCCAUCCCCACCGAGCCAGGCAAGAAAGCAGCGGCCAGGGAGGCUUUUAAGGGGUACGUGGACAGCGUGGCUGUGGUGAAAGUGGACAACGGGGAGAAAUAUGUUUGCCUGAAGAAGAAGUUCAGGGGAUGGAGGGGUGAAGGGACCCGAGAUGGCCGUGAGCAGGACGGCGGCGCCGUUAAACGUGCCACGGGAACUGUCCCGUCAGAAAGGAGCGAGGACGAAGAUGCAAAACAAAAAAUUGCACCUGGCUCAGGUUGCGGAACUGCUGCCGCCCCGGGCGUGUCGGGAAGCGCCUCGACUUCACCGGCAACAGGAGCGGAGCCGCAUGGAGCGGAGAUGGGGAAUUGGCUCACAAAAAAGCAGUCCGAUCAAGAUGGAGGAGCCAGAAAGCUGGAGGAUAUACCAGAAGUCACGGUAGCAGAGGUGUCCCCUGAACAUGUGACUGGCAGGACUGGAGGAGUGAGCAAGAGUAGGUCUGAUCAGACUGUCCCUGAUGGUUUGGAAGGUGGAUCAGACCUAGUAGAGUUGGACAGUAGAUCAGAUCAGAUUGUCCCCCUGGUGGGAACAUCUGAUCACAGCAUCCAAAAGGGUCUGGAAAAUCCAUCUGAUCAGACCGCCCAGUUGGGUCUAGAAGGUCAGGCGACCCCACUGGAACUGGGGAGUGAGUCUGAUCAGAAGGAGUGCCAGUGGCUUAAACGCAAGCCGUCUGGAGGAUCCCGACGUUGUCACCAGUCUGCAGAUGAGACACACGCUGACUUGGUGCCAGGCAGCGACAUCAACACCCCGAAAGGCAGCCGGAAAAGCUUCCUCAAGCACAUGAUGCACAGCUCGCCGCAGGUCCGGCGCAGCAUGGCGCUGAGGAGCUCUGUGCACUUGUCCACCAGGUGCAAGGACUCUUCCGCAAGGAGCGAUGGUGAUGCUGCCUCGCUGCACUCCUCUGGUAUGGCAGACUAUGAGAACGCCACGGUUGCGCUGGAGCCUCUGGAGCACGAGUGGAUGAUGUGUGCGAGCGACGGCGAGUGGGAGAGCCUGAGACGGCUGCUGGCCGCUGAGCCGGGCCUUGUGUGCAAGAAGGACUUCGUGACGGGUUUCACGUGCCUCCACUGGGCCGCCAAGUUGGGUAAAGCAGAGCUGCUGGUGCUCCUUGUGAGCUUUGCCACACAGCAUGAUGUUCUGGUGGAUGUGAACGUGCGCUCUGGUGCCGGCUACACACCACUGCACCUGGCAGCAAUGCACAACCACAUGGAGGUGGUGAAACUGUUGAUCGGUGCGUACGACGCUGACGUGGAGGUACGAGACUACAGUGGCAAGAAAGCCAGCCAGUACCUGAGGGGCGAGGUGGCACGGGACGUCCUGGACAUAGUCGGUGCAGGCACAGAGGUUGAUGGCCAGAGUACUGAUGGUGGAGAAGGCAGUGGGUGGAGACUGUCCAAGGUUUUCCAGGCCAACCUCAGGCCGCUGAAGCUGCUGCACCACAGCACGAGCGAGGACGACGUGAGCACAGCAGGCGAGAACGCAGGGCUCACCAGGGAAAAAGUGCUGCGAAGGAAGACGUCCCUGCGAGGGCUCAGGCCCAGGCUGAGCAAGAUCCGCACAAGGACGCAAAUCGUGCACAGCACGUCUCUAUCUGGGCACUUCGAGAGCGAGACAAGAGAAACCUCCGGUUCAUUUAAGUCCAGGCCCAAGUCCAAUCUCUUUGGGUGACUGUGGUACGAUCAUCUCGGGUCCAUUGAUUGUAUUGGUCAGAAAAAGCUAAUGUUGCUGACGAUCCUAUGAAAAUCUACCUUAAUUCUCAAAUGCUACCAGUGAAUGAUAGUAAAAUUUAUAUUAUUAUGCAAAUAACAUCAUGCUAAUUGAUGCCUACUACCUUCCAGUCUUUGUUAGCCAUGUGAUCAUGAUUGUUGUUUCUUUAAGGCACGGAUGUCAAACUGGGUUCUUCCAGGCCUCAGCUCUGCAGAGUUUAGUCUUCACCCUCAUUAAACACCGAUUCAGCUCAUCAGCUAAGCAGUAAGGACUUCAUGAGUUGAGUUCAGAAUGUCUGAAGAGGAGAAAUGCCGAUCUGUGCAGAGCUGCGGCCGAGAAGGAACCCAGUUUAACACAUCUGCUUCAAGGCCUGGUUUCCUGGACAUGGAUUAAGCCUAGUUUCAGACUACGCUCUAUUGGUAAUAAUGUUUAACCAUUAAAAAUCAUAUUUAGUCUAUGCUUAGGCUUAAUUUAGGACUGGAAAAUCAUCCCUGAGGAUUGGAGGCUGUGUUCAGAAUGUGCUGAAUGAUUUUAAACCCACCAGCAUCUGAGCUGUGAAGUUUUUUUAGACCGUGCACAUUGCAGUGUGAACAUGGUUCAGGUCUGUAUGAUGUCAUUACUUUUAUGCUGUUUUUUUUAGAUUUACUAUAGCACUAGCUGAACAUCACAGUUCAAAACUCAAAUGAAAUUUGAAUAUGAAUCUAUUCAGAGUAAUAUUCACAUUUUAUAUACACUUUUAAUAUAAACUUAGUCACCUUUAGUACUGAAAUACUGGAAAUACCUUUACAUACAAAUAAGGCCAAAUUGAGAGCUUUCGAUUUUCACAGAUUAAAGGUGAGUAAAAUUUAUUUUUCAAAACUUCUGCAUCAUUUAAUGGUUUAGAUGUAAACAGUGGUGAUGAUGGUAACCAGGGGUUGUGAUGUCUACCAUUCAUUCACUAUCCAAAAUGACCACCUGUAUCUACAUGCAUGUGUGUUAAUAUGUAAAGUUAAUGAUAAAUCAAGGUGGGAACUAUUGUUCCUCACAACACCCUGCAUGUACAUCACCACCAUGAAUGGAUAAAUAAAUAUGUUUUAGGCCAAAACGUUAUCUCAAAACUUUAAACAAUGUUUCUGUCAUUGUUUAGAGGCAUUGAACUCCUCAGACGUUUGGUUCCUAUCACCACCAUUGUGAACACAUUGUGACUCUAUGAACAGAGCCUUUCACAUCAAACCGCACUGAGCGACUGUUUACAUCUUGUAAAUCUUGCAGAAAUUUUGAGAAGUCAGCAGAAUUCCUUGUUGAGUCUAUUGACUCUUCUCUGAAAGUGUUUUUCAGCUUUAGACUUGGCUUUCGUAGCACACCUUUGGCACUGUGCUGUGCUCCUGCUGCCAGGAGUCUGACACUCAUGCUAAGACGUAAUCUGAGGGUGGACACAGGCCCAUAUCGUCCUGCGCUGUGUAGGAAAGCUGCUGGCCGGUCCACCCUUCGUACUGCAGUGUAUGUCAAAUACGGAGGUUUAAACGUUACCAUGUUGUGUUGUAUUUGGAAAACUGUCACUAGUUCACUUAUUUUUACUAUCACUAUGGUAACACAAAAGUUUUUGAGACAGUUCUUUAUAUUCUCUGUUGGUUCAUUUUUCUUUGCACUUUUCAGACAGAGCACUAAUAAUAACUAACACCUUUUUAAUUGUAGUUAUGUUGGACUCUACUGCACUAGUUUAGUUUAGUUAUGUAUUUAGUUAAUUUUUAAUUUAGUUUAUGUAUUGCCGCAUUGCUAAAUGCCGACUGGCAUGUCUGUAGAUGUUGGCUGUGACUGUCAUUGCGGUUGCACAUCAACAGACUUCAGCUUCCUACAUCUCAGCACAAGCACUCUUAACCUUCUCAGCCUGGUGCUUCGGACUAAUGGGUUUUUAAGGAUGGAAUAACAGGGCAAACAUCUCCUCUCUCUCUGUUCCUUAUCUUCCUUCAUGCUCCUUUUUUCCUUCUCUCUUUGUGUUCUCUGUCUUCUCUCUCUCUCUCUCUCUCUCUCUCUCUCU